GACUUCCCUCACUGGGCAGUGGAUAAAUCCACCUCGCUGCCUGGAGAGCACGGGCUUCUGGGCCAGAUGGACCGCGCAGAGACCAAGGAUAUCCGAUGGGCCUUCGACUAUUGGCAAUCGAAGAGCAAGGCGGAAUUCCAAGAGUAUGCGGGGCUCUACUAUGGUUACCUGCUGGCCAUCAUCGCCGAUAUUUUGAAGGCUGGGCUGCUGCGCUGGGUGGGUUCCAGAGUGGAACAACGGGUUCGCUUGGGCUUGAGUGAUCUCUUCGCAGAAGGGCGAACCACCACAAGUCGCACUGCGAUGCCGGGGCUCCGUGAGAACACACCGAGUCCAGCAACGUCCGCCAUGGCGGACGCCCCGCGCUUGCCGGCCGAGCUCCAGCCGCUGUGGGCGAUCGUCUCGCAGGAAUGCAGUGCCAGCUGCUUGGCGAUGCUGGAGCCGCAUCUCAGCAUGUUUGUCCAAGUGGCAGAUCUGGCCAAUCAGCAGGGACUGCCAAGGCUGAGAGCUUUCUUGAAGUGCAUAGGCGGUGCGACUGUUGCUUCUCCUUCCUUGCGGUCUGCCACUGCCUUGCCAGGUGGUGUGACUGUUGCUUCUCCUUCCUUGCCGUCUGCUGCACUCUUGGCCGCCUUGGCCUGUCUUUGCUGGUGUGCUUUGGCUGCACAAAACUAA